ACCCGCGUGCAUGAGUGCGACUCGGACUCGGAUGUUCUGGAAUUGUCGCACCCUGCGUCUCGCCCCUCCAGUAGACUUGGACCUGAAGACUCAUGCGGACGGGCCAGUCAGGUUUUGACAGAAUUUGAUCCCGCACCGCACACUCCUUGCUCUUCCCCGCCGCCGUCACGCAUUCGAACUCGAUUCACAACAUCCUCGAGCACCUUGCAGUCAUCAUAAACCCUCCAAAGAAGACACCUCUCUCCUCUUCUCCCUCUAUCUCUGAGCCCCUCACGACAUCUCGCUGCGAUGGACCUCUCCUCGCUCGACACAACCCUUCCCCCGGCGCUCGCCGACGCCGAGCGCGAUAUGGGUGACAAGUUCCGCGCCGCUGCCAUGUCCAUAACGCAGCUGUACAAGAGCUCCCUGGGAUAUACCAAGCAAGCUUAUCAGGCUGGAUACUCUGCCGCACUCGCCGACGUUCUCUCGAAGGUUCAGAGUGAUAUCGGAAGCGGCGGUGACGCCGCCGAGGCUCUCGCACGCCUCAUGGACUGGAGCGAGGCACGACAGGCUGCGAUUCGGGCAUUUGAGGAGGACGACGAAGUGCCCACGCCUGUGCAGCGCCCGGCGCCGCGCUCGACUCCCGUGCGCCCCGCUUCCGCGCCGGUGCUUGACUCGCGCGUCCGUCCCACGCCCGGGCCGUCGACGCUUCGCCCAAUGCCCGGGCCAUCCCCGCUCCGUCCAACGCCUGGCCCUUCGAAUCCCCGUACAGAAACGACUGAGGAACCUCGCCCCGCAACCGUCUCGAGCCUUCUCGCUGAUGCCCCGUCUUCCCCCGCACCCAGCCCGCGUCCGAUUGUAGCGUCGCGCCGCACGCCUUCGCGCCCCGUACCCUCCUCCACCUUCAACUUUUCCCUCCCCUCGCAGCUCAUCCCGUCCAUCGAACUUCCACCGGCUGGUCCGCCGGUUCCCACCGGGGCUAAGCGGCCGCUGAUUGAUGCCGAGAUGAGCGAGGAUUCGACCACGCCGCGGCAGGGGCGCGGGAAGAGGCGUAAUGUGGAGGACGGGGGGCGCAAGCCUCGUCGUGGUGGGAAUGCAGCGUAAUAGAGACGUAAUAGAGACACAAACACACACUGUAUGUAUUAUGGCAUGACUGGUGGU